UUCAGUAGUGCCUGCUUGAGGUGUCAGUUCGUCACAGCUGUUCACCGAGUAUUGCACCAGCUAGGUGGGGGAUUGGAAACAACUGUUUUAAAAUGCUUUGGUUUGAGGGUUCCGUACCUUCAGCAAUUGCUUCGAGCAAGGAGAAGAAUUGUGUUUUUGUCGUCUUUAUUAAAGGUGAUGAUGAACAAUCGACAGAGAUGGUUUCGACCUGGGAGAAUGCCAGGGUUGUUGAAGCAGCCAGAGACUUAUUUGUUGCAAUUAAAGUUGAUGCCAAAAGUGAAUCGUGUACACAGUUUUCCCAAAUUUAUCCUGUUGUAUGUAUACCUUCCAGCUUCUUUAUAGGAGGUAAUGGCAUUCCCCUUGAGGUUAUUGCAGGUAGUGUCCCUGUGGAAGAGCUUAUAAAGCGUAUUGAAAAAGUAAAACAGAUGCACACAGAGAAAGUACAGCAGCAUGAAGGCAAUGAAUCUUCAACAGCAUCACUUCAUUCACAAGAAGCUGCCUCUUCUGUGUCACAAGAGGAAACCGUUGAAAACCGAAGUUUGCAGUUGGAAAACACAUAUGACAAUUCAGAAUCAUCAAAAAUAGCUGCAUCAGAUUCUUCAAGAGAUAAUGGAAUAUGUUCUGGUCAAGUUAGUCCGGCAGAAGUUAGCAUCUCAUCAGAUGAAGCAUCACAGUUGGAAGAUGACCUCAGUGUCAAAGUGGAAAGGCUAACCAAGAAACUUGAAGCACGAAGGGAGCUUAAGAAGAAAGAUGAAGAGGAAAAUGAAAUAAAGAAAGAAAUAGAACGGAGAAAGCUUGGAAAAGAAAUGCUGGAGUUUAAGAAAAAACAAGAAGGUGAAAAAACAAAACGAAUACUGGAAGAAAGAAACCGGGAGAAAGCAGAGGAGAAAGCAGCACGAGAGCGAGUGAAACAACAAAUUGCUUUGGAUCGUGCAGAAAGAGCAGCACGGUAUGCAAAAACAAAAGAAGAAGUAGAAGCUGCUAAAGCUGCAGCUCUUGAAACAAGGCAAGCUGAAUUGGAUGCCAGAAGAGAGGCUGCAGCUAAGGAGAGAAGUACGAUAGCCAGAAUACAGUUCAGACUCCCAGAUGGAUCUUUCGUCACAAAUCAGUUUCCUUCAGAAAGCAGAUUGGAAGAAGCAAGACAGUUUGUUGCACAGGAAGUGGGCAACAAGUAUGGAAAUUUUUCACUGGCUACUAUGUUUCCAAGGAGAGAAUUCACAAUGGAGGACUUAAAAAAAACAUUGCUUGAUCUGGAGUUGGUGCCAAGUGCUUCUGUAGUACUUCUGCCGCAAACAGGAAGACCAUCCACAUCGGUUGUCCAGUCAUCUGGUGGAGGAAUCUGGGUAUUUCUUGGGACAAUUCUCUAUCCUCUGCUUGCAGUUUGGAAAUUCAUCACUAGCUUUCUGUUUGCUUCAACACCAUCUACAGCUUCAUCUACUAGGCAGACUUCCCAGUCGACCAACUCCCAAGCCAUGGCAUCUAAUACGACUGAACCGAAAAGAGAAAAUAUGAGAAAAAGAAUUCUUGAGAAACGUACUGAAGAUUUUAAAAGAGAUGGGAAAAUCUAUAGAUUAAGGACUCAGGAAGAUAAUGAGGAUGACAACAACACAUGGAAUGGGAAUUCCACCCAGCAGAUGUAGUCUAAAGAUACCUAAUAUUGUGCAAUACAUUUUUUACUCAAUACUGUUGAAUUAAAUUAUAUCGGCAGAUCUGUGAACACAAGGCAUUGUUGCCUGUGUACAGAUGUGGAACUUAAUUAUUAGCCACUCUUUUGCAUGGUGGAAUAUAACUAGACAUCUUCAAACUGGAUCAAGCAGUAUGUACAAUUCCUUUCACGCUGUUAAGCCAGUUUGCUGUCAUUUAAAAUAAGCAGACCUUGCACAGUAAUUGUAUUUACUUUCCUUUACAUAAGGAAAUUAGGAUACAGUUAUGCAUGUGUUGACUGGUAAAUUUCAUACUUUCAUAGUGCAUAUUGCUUUUUAAUACAAAUGAUGUUGUGGUAAUAUGAUCUGUUUAAGGUAUCAGCUAAAUAUUUUAGAUGGAAGAAGGCAAUGAUGCUAAAUUUAAAACACUGCUGUCAUUUAAUAUUGGCUCGUUUGCUUUCUCGGUACUUACUGCAUUGAAGAACAUCUUUGCAUUCUUGGAUUAUGCGGGCAGAUCUGUGUGUUCAUUGCAGGUAAAAUUCUUUUUUUUUUUUUCUUUUUAACCUUUUUUUCCAGAACUCCUAAUUUGCGGUUUUAAAAUCUCUUGUAAUAAAAUAGAUGUCACCAAAGGGAAUAAGAAUAUAAACUUUUUCAGCAUUGUAAUUCCUAAAUUAAAUACUACAAACAGCUCAGCUGCAUAGCUAUGUUUGUCUCUUCACUUGCCUGUCUUUUCGCAUCUGUUAUCUUUUCAUAUAUCUGUGUUUUGGUACCAGGACACCUUUAUGAAUCUAAUGUAUGUCCUCACAGCAUACACCAUGAGUAUGGACAGGAACUUUUGUCCUUAAAUGCUGCUACAUAUUUUUUUUUUGUUUGUUUUGUUUUGUUAAUUAGGUUUAUUAGUGUAAAUGAGAUUUUAAUGACUAAUUGUUGGCUUUCUGGUUAUCAUUUGAACCUUCGUGUUUUUCAUUACUCGUUUUGGGGGGAAAAAAUAUUUUCUACUAGUGUUGUAUAACAUUUAUAGUUGAAUCGAGAAAGCUUUAAUGAAAACACAAGAAUUGGAAAAAGUAAAUAUAAUAACACUAUUAUACCCAAACAUGAUUGGUCUGUAACUUAAACUGGAUGUCUAGUUUGCUAGUUUGUCAUAACACAAGGGCUUACCAUAACAACAUAUUAAAAAGGAAAAUUUUACAAGGAAUGCUUUCCGUUGUUGUCGCAGCUUGCUGAAGCAGGGAAAGCAGGGGUUGUUCAUACGAGAGACCCUUCUUAUGGUUAAAAGAGACAGUAAUGAAUAUAAUGAAAUAAUUAUUGUGAUGAAUUUAAGUUUGAAACAGUUAGGAUGCUAUGUGAAGAAGAAAUGAAGUUAUGGCAUUAAAUUUAUUUUUUUGCUACAUAUUUGGGUAAGUGUACUGUAUAUGGAAAAGGAUAUAUAGAUUUCUUGAUGUGGCUGGUUCUGAUUGUCUCUUAAUAAAAACUACAGAAUGUUCUGAA